CUCGUAUCGACAGGUUAUUCUACGUGUGGAAAUCAUCGUAGUCACAAUGCAUAUUAAUGCGAACAUAUUUACCUCCUUAUUGAUACUAACUGGAUUUGUCGCAGUAAAAACUCGUGAAAUACCGCCGUUUUUGAAGAUAUGUCAUCGCAAUGAUCCGAGUCUGAACGAAUGCAUAAAACGAAGCGUCGACUCGUUAAGACCUUACUUAAAGACGGGUAUUCCAACGUUACAAAUACCACCUUGCGAGCCGCUUCGCGUGCCACGGAUUGAAAUUAGCCAGUCUGCCGGUCCAAUUUCCCUCAAGUCGACGUAUACUGAUAUCGAGGUUCAAGGUGGAACGAGUUUCAUUUUAAAGAGCGUCAAGACUGAUAUCGACAAUGAUCGUGUCAAAUUGAAAUUGUAUCUUCCACGUCUUGAAAUGAAUGCGCAGUACAAUGUGGACGGAAAGAUCCUGAUGUUGCCUAUAACCGGAAAUGGAUUGGCGCGUGGCAAUUUUACCGAUAUCGACGUUACAGCCAUCAUCCAAGGUGAACGUUAUCAAUCCCGAAAAACUGGGGAGAUUCAUUAUCGCGUUACCGACUUUUACGUAGAUUUCGACGUUGGACAUGCGAACAUCCAUUUAGACAAUUUAUUUAACGGCGACAAUACUCUGUCUGAUGCCAUGAACCUCUUUUUAAAUGACAACUGGAAAACAGUGGCGGCUGAAAUUAAACCAGCUCUUGAAAACACCGUCUCAGAGCUCUUUAAGACAUUUUCGAAUAAAAUUUAUUCGAAAUUUCCAUUAGAUACAUUACUACCUCCUUAGACAAUUGUCGUUUUAUAUUUAUUCUUUACGAAUGUGGAUAGAUUUUGCAGAUAAAUUCAUUAUUAAAUAAAUCAACCCGAUUAUUAAUAUAUAUUUAU